CCGGCCCCGGUGAUUCCAAAAACGGCUCCUAUAAUGCAGACUUUGAGCGUAGUAAUAGCAGCGAUCAUCAUCCAAGUUGCAUCCGCGUACUCCUGCACUUGGAGAGGUGUCGAGUGCAUAGACUAUGAGGUGAUCUCGAACGAAGCUGAAUACGAAGAACGUCAGUACCCGGAAACCAUGUGGAUCAGCGUGACAUCACAAGCGAGGACACUUUUUGAAGCGAAGAGAAGGAGCUUUCGGAAACUCAUUUAUUACAUCCAGGGCUUCAAUGAUCAGAACGUGACGGUAGACCUGACCACACCACACCGGACCUUGGUGACCCGCGGAGCGAGUGGCCGGCGCCUGGCCAACUACACCAUGGCGUUCCCACUGCCAGCCAACCUCUACAUGAACCCGCCACAGGCCAAUGACAAGGACAUCUACAUCACUGUCGAGCCGCCUCGUCGAUACGCCGUGAAAUCGCUAAGUGCGCCAAGUUGGGCAGAGUCGGCUUCUCCUCUGCCCAGGGUGUUCGGCGGGCAGCCCAACGAGCAACAAUGGUUGCGGAAGGCAGAAGAGUUCAUCCAGGUGAUGCGCAAGGAUCGGCGUGUAAACCUGGACCACUUCUACGUGGCCCGGUACGACCUUAUUUUCUGGGUGCUGGAGCGUCGCAACGAGAUUUGGCUGAGCAUGAAAUGAGAAGCGCUGGCCGCCGCCGCCGCCGCUACGAUCUCCGCACCGCGACGCAGCCACUGGCGCUGCGCGCGGGCCCCACCUGGUUCCUGUAUGUUACUCCCAUUCCACGCACCGAUGCGGCCAGGUCAAGAGCACACCCGCUCUUCUCCAGGCAAUGAGCG